AACAUCUAUAAAACUUUUUUUUCUAACAUCUAUAAAUUGUUUAUUGGUUCAGCCUCUUACACCCAUCAUGACCAUAAUAUCGCCCUUUUUGAGAACACUGAGGCUCUCGGAUAUUCCAAGUUUGGUGGAGCUUCCAUCUUCAUUUCAAAAUCUCUAUUUACUGAAGCAUUUGACAAUUACAGAAUGCAUAAAUCUUGAGUCUCUUCCAGCCAACAUCAGCUUUGAAUAUCUUACUUGGCUCGACCUUAGUCGAUGCUCACGGUUGAGGAGUUUUCCUGAUAUCUCAACCAACAUCUCAUUGCUCGACAUAACUGAAACAGGGAUCGAGGAGGUUCCAUGGUGGAUCCAAGACUUCUCUUGCCUUCGAUACUUUUACAUGAGUGGAUGCAACAAUUUACAAUGCAUAUCCGUAAACAUUUGUAAACUGAAAAGUCUUAAGAUCGCUAAUUUUGCACACUGUGGGGCAUUGACUGAAGCUCGGAUUAAUGAUAGUCCAAGUGAGGUGGCAGUGGAAACAGAUAGUAGUUACUCUGAGUCACAAGUCUCUGACGAGUCUUCCUCUUCUCUUUCAGAUAAUUAUAUCCCCAAACUCGAUCUCAAUUUUAGGAAUUGCUUCAACUUGGAUCCAGAAGCUUUACUUCAUCAACAAUCAUUUUUCAAGGACAUAGUCUUGCCAGGUGAAGAAGUGCCUACAUAUUUCACUCAUCGAACUUCUGGAAACUCCUCUUCUCUGACCAAUAUCUCUAUGCCUUACACUUAUCCUUACCAACCAUUCUUUAGGACUAGGGCUUGCGCCGUGAUUGAUUAUGAUGGCAUAAUUACACCCGGUAUAUAUAUUCAACUAUCUUGUCGGUUCGAGGGAAGAUUCGGGAACCACUUUAAUUCUACUUAUAGAAAAGAUUGUUUGUGGACAGAUCAGAAGGUUAGUCAUCUUUUUAUAUUUGACUGUCUUUUCCCUCUAAACAAAGACAAUGAUCCUAUGGCUGAAGUGAACUACGAUCAAGUGGAUAUAAACAUUAGUCUCACUGGUGGCUGCAAUUUAAAAGGAUGGGGUAUACGACUUUUUGAGGGCUAUGAGACUGAUCAGAGUGAUGAGUGUGGAGACAAUGAUGAUAGUGAUAAUCAGGGUGAAGAAUGUGAAGAGUGUGAUUCUAGUGAUGAUCAGAGUGAAGAGUCUGGAGACAGUGAUAAUCAGACCGUGAUACGACUUUCUCAAGACUUUUCAUCACCAGAGAACAGACUUGGUAAUCCUAACACUCUUCCGCAUGUUUGUGAAGCUAGUGAAGACAAUAUGCUUAAUGAUGGAUGUCGUGAAACAGAACAUGUUGGAGAAUGUAGAGGCAACAAUGUGGAGACAGAGAGAAGUAGUAAACGAAUGCGGAUUACGUGAAGGACACUCAAGAAACUAUGAACCUUUGAUUUAUGAAAUGAAAUGAGUAAAUUUUCUUGUUCAACAAGAUUCUUCAUUGCCUCCCUAGUUGGAUAAACGUUUCAGGUAACCAAGUCUUGUAAACCAAAAUCUUAUUUUACUCCCACAUCUGUUGUGAAACAAACCUUAGGGAUGACUUAUUUAUGUUUUAAUAUAUCGUAUUAUUUGAAUUUAAGUUGAAUUUACUAAUAUAAGAGGUUAUUUAACAUUUUCUUAAAAGGUGAAGGUAUAAAAAUCAACAAAAAAAAGUUCAGGAUUUUUUAAUAUGAUUUUAGGAAAGACGCGGAUUUUUAAUUUCCACCCAUUUUUCAUCUCUAAAUAUGAACCAUUUCAAUAGAUUUUACCACUGAUUAAAGAGUUGCUUCAAUUGGUGAUUUCAUAAGCUGCCCUUUCUAUUUUGAUUUUCAUGGUGCUAGAUAAUGUAAUGACAUAUGGCUUUUUGACAACUUCAUAUGUACAGGGUUUGAAGAAAUAACUCUAGUCAUGCCAUAUAUAUAUGAGGAAUAACUCUAGUCUCUACCAUAAGCCACAUUUACGAACUGCCUUCUUGAAUUUCAUCCUCUUCUUCUAGUUUUUAUUCAUAAAAAUGUCAUUUUGGCCAGCGGCAAUAUUCUGCUUUGCUCUUUCAAAAUUGUUCAUUUAUCAAAGUGUCACCUGCUUCAAUAUUUUAUAAACUCAGUUUUUUUCGUAUGUGAAAUAAUUAAUU